AUGCUUUUAAUCAUGGAGGUGAAUGGCUUGGUAUUUGCCAUUGCUGCCUUUGCAACUGUCACCAAUUUCUCAGGGGAUUUCUCCAUCAAAGUAACAUGUCCUACCAACAGCUCUGAUGUCAGUCUCCAUGUUAAUUAUCCUUUCAGUUUGGCCCACGAGCAGCAAAGUGUGAGUGUGUGUGGUGCACCGAAGAUGGCAAAAUUCCACGUAAAUGUGGCAUCUGAUGCAAGGUUCUUUGUGGCAACAGGGGUCCUUUCCAUGCUGUGGGCAAUGGCAGCUCUGUUCAUCUAUCUUUUCAUGGAUGACCUCUACCAGAAUGACAAAAAGACUCCUCUUGCUGAUUUUGUGGGGACAUUGAUCCUGGCAACUUUCUGGCUAGCAGGAAGCUCAGCAUGGGCUAAUGGACUGUCAAUGUUGAAGCAUGGCACUUCCCCUGAUAACUAUGCCAAAGCCUUCUGUCACACUAAUGGGUAUGAUGAACAUACUAAGUGUUCUGGACUCACUUCAGUACAGUAUGCUCCACUCACCAUCUCAGUGAUCUUGGGCUUCCUGAAUUUUGUGCUAUGGGGAGGGAAUUUGUGGUUCCUCUACAAGGAAACACCAUGGUUCAAGAACCAGGAACAAGCUAAUCCAGACACAGCAGUGGCAUAAAAAUGACUUGACUUUCAUGUUUCUUCCCCUCUAGUCAAAGUGGAGGGCUAGGACUCAUGCAAAAUACGACUGUUUUGGCGUUGAGAACUUCACGCCCUCUCUAUCGCAUAUCACCUGAUCGUGAUUCCUCUCAACUAUGCCCAUUGAUUUCAUUAUAAUCAAUAAUGUGAAAUUUUUUAAUCACAGGUUGCAGUUAGAUCAUUUUCUAAUCAAAAGCCAAUUUGGCUGUUGUGUAUUGAAUGUCUUUGUGAAAUUUCAUUUACAAAAAUCAUUCAUUUCUUCUUACUAUCAGCCUUGCACAUGUAAAGAAUGAGACACAGGCACAAAAGAUCCCUAAGCAAGGAGUGUGUACAUCUAAAAGUUCUUGAUCAGUGCACCUACAAAUUAUCAGCCCAAGGUGUCUUGGAUGGGAUUAUUCAAAUGGCACAUCAUUAUCAUGAAUGGAGAUAAUGUGUUAGUUGUGGUACUCAAAUAUUGUCAUUAUUGGAAUUGGCUCAAUUAGAUCUAAAGCCUUUAUUGGUAUUAAAUAUGCACUCAUCUGGUGGAAUAAUUAAUUUACACAAUAUCACAGAUAUUAUGGUAAGAGCAGAUAAAUUAGAAUCCCAGUAUGUUUCAUCAGCACUUAAGAUAUGAAAAAGUGAAUGAUUUGAUAUUCAAGUACUUAAUUUUAUUGCAUCGACAUAGUCUGAUGCUGGCCUCUUGUCUUUUUCUGCCUGUGUCCUGUUCUCAUUUUGCUAAAGGGACCCCCACCUCCAAUAGAGAGACAUAGUUUAUUACCCAGGUUAGUUUUGAUGUUAAACCUUGAGCUUGUUCCACCACUGCCAUUAGUACACUCUGGGUGAAUGAGGUCUUCAACUUGUCUAAGCCUGAGCCAUCUUUCAAUUUCAUUUCCAAAAGAGGUAUGCAGUUCAAUUCAAGUGUCAUAACAUAAAAUUAUGGAAGUGGUUGCAUGAAGCUAGAAAUUAUUUGAGGCAAGGUACACUUCCUUUCAAGGUUUUGUUCAAGUUGGAACCAGAGAAAAUUAUUUUUUGGUCGUGACAGUUUUUAGAGCUUCAGAUGAAGAUUCAUCUUCAGUUUAAUUAUGGUGGUGCAUUUUUGCAAAUGAGGCAGGAUUUCAUGGGUGCCAAAUGGUUUUUGUGCUCUGAACUUAAAUUCCCAGUGGUGUGUGCAUUUCCUUUCAAAAUGGAGAAGUGAAAUAUCUAAAUGCUUCUGUGAGUCCCUGUUCCAUUACUGGGCUCAGGAACGGUCGAAGAAAGGGAUUGCGCAACAUUCCAAGAUGUGGUUGUGAUAGCAAUGCAUCAGGACAUUAGCAGCAGUAGCAGGAAAUAAUUAUCUUUCCUCAUACCUCUGAUUUCCUCAAGAUCACCUAGUCUUCUUCCAGUGACCAUAAGGACUGUGCCAUCCUUAUCCUAUGGAACUCUAGAAUGUGUGUUUUUGUUUCAGCUGCUGCACAGCAGUAUCUAUAUGCAUCUUUUGAGAUAGGAAAUUAAUACAUUGGUCUUGGUGAACAUAUGUUUUGUGCCAAGAAAUAAAGUUUCCCCUUUCAUUAGAGAGAA